AGUGUUACUCAUUCAUGAAGCGGAGAUUGUCGCGAGCACACUCGCCGGAGCGCUCCUUACUCGUGUCAAACUACAUCACAGUUCAGAUAUCUCUCCUUUGUGCCAUCACAGCCAUAUCCGAAGCCUGUUAAUCCGUGACCCCAGUGCUACUGGGAGCUUGAUGCAAUGGACUCGGGAAAUUUAGAACGAGGCGAGAGGCGAAACUUAAUACUUACUUCGAGUGGGGACAAGACCCUAGAUGAGGUCGCAAAGAAGAUCCACUCUAGCCACGAUGAAGAGGAGAACUUCCAACUGUCACCUCAGGACUCUGGCGGCGGCUUCGACGAGGCCCUGGAGCUGGCCGGGUCCUGGGGCACUUGGCAGAAGCUGGUGUUUGUUAUAGCUGACUUCUCCCAGAUCUUCUGCGGCAUGCACGCUGUUUCAUCGGUGUACCUGAGUUACACGCCUGAGCACUGGUGUCGGGUCCCCGGCCUGAACGACGCUGUAGGAGACCUGUGGAACGCCUCUCUUCCCCUUCUGAACGUCUCCAGCCCCUGGAGCGACAAGACGGGCUACGACAAGUGCCAGUACUACGACCACAACUACACAGCGGUGAUGCCGGACCUGGUCGGUGGAGAGGGCGCCGCCGCCCGUCACCUCGCCACCAACGUCCCGACCGUCGCCUGUGACUCCUGGGUGUUUGAUCCCUCAGUCUUCCAGUCUACUCUGGUCUCUGAGUUCUCGCUGGUGUGUAGUCGUCGCUGGAUGAUGGCCACCGUCCAGGCCUCCUACAUGAGCGGUCUCCUCGUGGGUUCCCUCGUCAUGGGUCAGCUCUCAGACAGGUAUGGUCGCCGCCCCAUGUCUGUGCUGUGUGCUGUGGCCGCAGCGCUGGCUGGCACUGUGGUGAGCUUCGCCAAGACCUACAUGCAGUUUUUGGUACUUCGCUUCGUCACUGCCAUCCUCAGUGCUGGCUUGAUAGUCAUCAACUUCGUCCUGGUGAUGGAGGUAGUGAAGCCCGAGGCACGUACCAUGACUGGGAUGAUGUACAUCUUCUUCGUUGGUCUUGGCACAGCCAUCCUCCCGGGCAUGGCCUACUUCAUCAGGAGCUGGCGGUACCUGGAGCUGGCUAUUGGUCUGUCCUCAUUCAUCCUCGUUGCUUACUACUGGAUCCUGCCGGAGUCUCCGAGGUGGCUCGCAUCUCAGGGGAGGUUCCCAGAAGCGCUGAAAAUCCUGAAGAACAUCGCUCGGAGGAACGGGAAGGAGCUGCCCUCUGACGAGCUCGUCUUGAAGCUCAUCUCCCGGGCCUACACCAAGGCAGACGAGGCGACGGCCACACAAUCCUCCAAGUGGUACAGUGGUAUUGUCAACGCUAUGCGCGCCCAGUUCACCCUAGUUCGAACCCCGGUGAUGCGACGAAGAUGCAUGAUAUCCUUCUUCCUGUGGUUCGUGUCAGCCAGCGUCUACUAUGGCCUAAUCUUCUCCGGAGCCAACAUUAAGGCCGAUCCCUUCCUCAUGAUCUUCAUAUCCGGCUUGGUGGAGCUGCCCUCAGCCAUUGUCUUCAUCUCCCCGCUGGAUAAGUUCGGUCGACGGGCUACCAUGAGCGGGCUCUUCAUCGCCUCUAGUGCCUGUCUGCUGGCCAUCCUCGCUGUGCCCCAGGACCAGAUCUACGUGAACUUCUUCCUGGUGAGUUUUGGCAAGUUCUUCACCACGGCGGUGUUCCAGCAGCAGUACCUCUACACGGGGGAACUGAUGCCCACUAAGGUCCGCAACAUAGCGGUGGGGUCCAGCUCCAUGAUGGCCAGGAUUGGUUGUAUCAUCACCCCCUACAUCAUCACUUUACUUGGCGACGUCCACUACGUUCUCCCUUCAACACUCUUCGGCAUCUUGUCUCUGGUUGCUGGCCUCCUGACCCUCCUCCUCCCGGAGACCAACCACAUGCCCCUCCCGGAGACCGUCGAGGAGGUCGAGGCCAUGUCCAAGUAGCAGGUGCCGGUAAGAGGAGACGGUAAUACCUGAGAAGCAGCAGCAAGGAACGGAGGAGAAGAGGGCUACAACGGGGCGACAGUCGCCAUGGUCGAAGUCAGGGGAACUGGCACAAAGAAAUAGACAAACUCCGCCAAAAUACAGCACGUAACUACGACGUGGAUACAACGUUCGAACAAGGUUUAACACCUAACAAGUUGUAACAACGUUGUAAUACGUCAUUAAAACGUUAUAACUAGUUGUAACAACUUUAUUACAAGUUGUAAGAAGGGAAUCAUAGGGACUGUUACGUAGCAAGAAAGGGAGGUGAAAGAGGCUAUAAAGACAAGCUAAGUACUAGCUACUGCACAACUAGCAGGUACUAGUACAGGAAGACAAACCCGCAGCAGCAGCUGGGAGGCGGUUGAAAAAAAGGGAACAUUGCAGUAGCUUAGUACGUCAAUGUUUGUACUAUGGUGCACAGUUACAAACAAUACUAGCUAAACAAGAAGAUGGGUUAGACACGAAUAUAUAUUCUUAAGUCAGGGUUAAUAUUACGAAACUUUAGUAUAAAAUAAUUGUACUGAAUUACCAUGCCGUUCUGAUAAUUAUAAAUUUUAAUUAAUCGCAUAAUUUGGAUAUUUUUAAUGGUUUCUAAAGACAUUUAUAUUAUUCCCAUAAUCAUAAUUUCACAUUUUAAUUAAUCACGCAAUUUCCAUACUAACUUUAUCAAUCAUUCAGCGAUAGCCUUCUCUCAUCCCGUACGUCGACUUUUUGACGGAAUCGAGAAAUCCGUUAAAAAUGUAACGUACUAGUUAACAUUAAAUCGCCACAUUAUUGACGUAUAUUCUACGCAUCAGCCUCGAUAGGUUAAGUGAGUUGCUUGAAUUCCAGCGUUUCUGUGUAGGCAAAACGUUGCAUUUUUAACGUAGUGGCAAAGACCACACGCAAAAUGUAUAAAUGUAUUCUUGUAUUAUAUAAAAAGAUACCAGUCCUGUGGGAAAGAUUUUAUUCAUUAUUAUUAUUUCUAAGUAUCAACACAUAUCAUUAAGUGUCCUUAUAUAUCCAAGCUGCAUUCCUGUAAUUCCUAUGCUGUGAAAAGCAAUGAAAUUAAUUCAUUACUAAAGCUAUUUGUGCUAUUCACUAUUCACAUUCACGUGCAUGCAAACAAUCGUGUGUAAAUAUUCAAUAUUUGUAGGUGUAUUUUUGUAAAACAGAAUUAUUUUUUGUGACGUAUUUCAAAUAAAGCAAACAAUUAAGA